CCACAAACACCACCUCCUCCUUCAAAAACACAACACAAGUCCCAUAUCAACAAAUCCACAUUCAACAACCAUUCCGACUGCAUUAAGGGCCAUACACGACCACACAGACUGCAUUGCGCGUCAUAUACGACCACGCAGACUGUGAGAUCUCCACGAAAUAUGGAUGUCUACGACCCGCAAAGCGAGGCUGGCAAAGCCUGUCGGGUAGUGCACAAUGCGCUAGCCACGUAUUUGUAUCUUGCGUUUAACUCGAGAAUAGGUGAACGCGCCGUAUUUACAGACAAUUUCUUUCUGUGUAUGCAUGAGGAAUUGUCCCGUGGCCUGACUAUCGGAGAGGCCGUCAGAUCGACUACCAAUAAUAUGGAUGGAACAGGUCCUUGCUGAUGGUAAGCACUCUUCAAAUCCGAAAUUAGCAUUACUAACCGUUCAAUAGCAGUAGGCAGAUCGUUCACAUACGAAGACAUGGACCGUGUCUUGAGGCGACCAAGUAAGUCUUUAAUCUAACCCACGUCCUUGUUUUCUAUCUUGUUUUAUUAUUCCUACUACUAACACUUACGAGCCUUACAAGAUAACAGAGCCUCCCGAGAGCCCGCACCGACUACAUUAGCUACUGGUAAUAUUACCCCAGGUAAGCGAAUCCAAUGUAUAUUAUUCAAUGCCCGAGGUUAAUAAUUGAAUUUAGGUGGAUCAGUAGUUCCAACAACUACAGAGUCCAUCUUAGCUCCGACUACUCCAGCCAGCAUUCCGACUACAGCCACAAUUCCGACAGCGAGUAUUCCGACUGCUACUCAACCUCCAGCUAUUCAACCUCCAGCUGUCCAACCUCCAGCUGUCCAACCCGUAGGCUAGAUCACUUUGGAAACAUGGAAAGAGAAUCGACAGGCAGCCUGUAGGUAAUUCUGGGAUCAGAUAGUUAAAUUGAUUAUUUCAGGGAUUCUAGAACAAUAGGUUCUU